AUGAAAAGCUUUCGCAAAACGAAGAAGAUCUCAAGCGGCCUUCCAUCUGGAUGGCCGUGCGAAGAAUUGUGCGAUGACAUGAAAAGUCAACCGUUCCAGCUAUUUUGCCACAUGGCAAGCGUUGGAGAUGAUCAUGGAUUCGAUGUUCCUUCCACCAAAUGUGGCAUUUCGACAGCGGUCGGAAUUUUGUCAUUCCGUCAAGACAGUUUUACAUUGAACGACUAUGCACAGAAGCUCCGUGAGCUUCGUGCCAGUAUGGCAAGCGAUCCACAGCCAGAGGCAGUGAUGGGUUCUGUGUUUACAGAGGAACUCACUUAUGAUCCUCCUAAGACUGAAGUUUUCUACCAAAAUCUGACGAAUCUGGAUGAUGCAAAAUUGAUUCCUUUCCGUGAGGAAUACUGUCAACGUCAAGCACGAGGUCAAUCGGUCGAUCCGAUGGAAGCGGUGAUUGCCACUAGUGAAAAUUUAGAAUUAAUAGAUCUUAGUGCGGUGACUGUCUGUAGGCAUCAAAUUCGCUGUUAUGGAAGUUGA